AUGGAGGACUCGCAGGGGAAAAACACUGCUUCCAGAGGACAUCGAGCCUACGAUCAAUAUUUGAAUUCGUUCAUCAAGCUGGAGGACAAGCGGUAUCUACCCAACGAUAAUGUCAUACACCAACUGGUCCCCUUGAGGGCCGCAGUGGGAACGGUCGUGAUGACGCCCACCCAGUUCCACGAGGUGCACUUCUCUCCACUGGGCACGUGCUUCUACUUCAGCGAGCAUGGUGUCGCCAACGAUCCACUGAUGAUGGCACUUGUCGAGCGCGAGAAGCUGAAUGUAACCAAAACCAUUUCGACCAUCGUAUUCGUGAGCACCCGAGAUGCCAAGGGCUUUAAUGUGUCCGGCUACAUCGAUUUCGAGCAGAGUUUGCGCAGGUUCAAGACCGCAGGCUCCAAAUCCCAUCCGUGGGCAGAUAUUUUCGCCGGGCGCCGCCGCCUGGAGCCCAACCAUCAGGAUCUGAGCUUCAUCACUUGGAGCAAUGGCCGGGUGUACUCCAACGACUCGGACAACUACAAGGUCAUACCGGAUGCCGUCAAGGGUUUGUGCUUCUCGCACAAGGGCGAUGGCUCGAUGCUCUGCAUAGAGAAAUACAUUACCGAGGAGCAUCCGCUGUGCAAAUUUAUAGAAUCGCCGAAACACGGCUCGACUGUCAUAUACGAUCAUCAAAUACGGCGAAAGAUGUGACUCCUGCCAGAUCGCAUUAUAAUCGAAACGUAAAUUCAGAAUGCAUUUCAACCGAGCAUCAAAGAGGUUCUCCUGGCUGCCAGCACCAAAACACUCCAUAAAGCGCAAUCAAAGCAUUAUAGAAAUCAAAACAAUAUUGUGAUCAUGAGGGGAUAAACAAUCGCCAGACUGACUGAUGCCGUCGACGUCAUGGACAAGCGUCGCCGGGAAAUGCGCGAGAGCACGUUGCGUAUACGACGUGUGGGACGGACUCUCGCGACGAACGGACUGGAGAGAGAUUCCCCCGGCUGAGAUCCCAUUUUUUUGGCCGUGCCAGUGAGUUCCGGCAGUCAGUAGCCGUGCAAAGCGCUCCAAGACUGGGUGCUUCCGUUGCGUGAAAAUAAAUUGUGAAGAAGACAGCACUUUGUA